AUGUAUGAAAACUCUACCGGUACCAGUAAUGCAGCCAUUGACAGAUUAGAUGGUGUAUUAACGGUAUCGGCCAGUGAUGGUAGUAUCAAGGUAGCUGGGGAGACCUUCUUCAUGCAACAAAUCAAAGACAUCGAGAAGAAGCAGGAGAAGGUCCUUGAUGAAAUUAGGCAAACAAUACCUAAUUUCGUACCCCACGCCUAUGCCGACUUGUCCGCUGAAACAGCCCAGCUCUCCGUUGGAUCUUGGGAAGAUUUCGUCCAACGAAAAAAGUUGCUUUUCAAGGAUGCUAUGCGCGCCAACCUGCAAGCUUACAAGUUUACCACCAACUUGAUGUUCAAAUCUGGACAUAUUGGUACAAAGCUUGCAGGUCAACAUGGCAAGGCCCUUGGAAAGCAACGAAAACUCCUGGAUGACCUCCUGGACAUCUACAACCAGGAAUUCCAGGAAGGUGUAACUGCCGCAACUUUCCUGGAUGGUAACAGCCAGUUUUGGGGGAUCGAUCUCCACCCUUUAACGGAAACAUGGUUGUGUGUGAGGAACGCUGAAGAAGAAAUCAAACUUCUUAAGCGUGAAGCACACAACCUGAACUCCAAUAUUGAGGUGGAGAUCAAGAGGCUUACCGAGGCAUUGGCUCUCAAUGGUGCCGAAUUGGAGAGGGCAAAUGAUGCGGAGGAGAAACGGUUCUUGGAGGGUGUAAAAACCUUUUUGGUAAGACAGCUGGACCAGAGCAAUAAUUGGAAAACGCACUCGAAGCGACACCUGGUGUUGCUGAGAGUUGCAAUUCCUACCAUUAUUGACUCUGGAUUACAGUCUGACACUGCCAGACUCCUUAAUCCGACCGCUGAUGCCGAUGAGGAUGAGGAAUCCCUGGAUAUCGCAGCGGAAGGCAAUGAGGAUGAAGAAGAAGAAGACGAUGAAGAAGAAGACGAUGAAGAAGAAGAAGAAGAAGAAGAAGAAGAAGAGACUGCAGCUGUUGAUAAUGAAGAACAAUAA